UGAACGGGGUGGGCCAGGGCCCUGACUUGUCUCGCGGUUACUGGGCGAGCGUGAGCGCGCGAGGCACGGGGGUGGCACGGGGCGGAGCCUACUCCGAGUGGGCGCUGUAGGUUUCAGCCGAGCGUCGCUGUGCUCUCCGGGCUGAGGUCGUCUCAGCAGCCAUGGCGAAAGGCAAAGUCGCCGAAAGAUCGCAGACGGGGGCACUCCACACGACCCCUGUGGGGGACAGGGCAGCGGGGACGCGCGGUCUCAUGACGCCAGGCAGCGGAGACUACUUGAAGGAAAAAGCCUGUGCAGAAGCUGGGUCAGCAAGAAUGUCACUUCUUAUAUUGGUGUCCAUUUUCUUAUCUGCAGCUUUUGUUAUGUUUUUGGUAUAUAAAAAUUUUCCUCAGCUUAGUGAAGAAGAAAGAGUGAAUAUGAAGGUUCCCAGAGAUAUGGAUGAUGCCAAGGCUCUAGGAAAAGUUUUAUCCAAAUAUAAGGACACCUUUUAUGUACAAGUACUUGUAGCUUAUUUUGCUACAUAUAUUUUCUUGCAAACAUUUGCUAUUCCAGGCUCUAUAUUUCUCAGUAUACUCUCAGGGUUUCUUUAUCCCUUUCCGCUAGCCUUAUUUCUUGUUUGUUUGUGUUCUGGACUCGGUGCCUCAUUCUGCUAUAUGCUCUCCUAUUUAGUUGGGAGGCCAGUUGUAUACAAAUACCUAACAGAGAAAGCAGUAAAAUGGUCACAACAGGUUGAGCGUCAUAGAGAACAUCUCAUUAACUACAUUAUAUUUUUGAGAAUAACACCAUUUCUGCCGAAUUGGUUUAUUAAUAUCACAUCCCCUGUGAUAAAUGUGCCAUUGAAAGUUUUUUUUAUUGGCACUUUUCUAGGUGUUGCACCUCCCUCUUUUGUAGCGAUUAAGGCAGGAACAACAUUGUACCAGCUUACAACAGCAGGGGAAGCUGUUUCCUGGAACUCAGUAUUUGUUCUAAUGAUUUUGGCUCUUCUUUCUAUUCUGCCAGCCAUCUUCCAAAAAAAACUAAAGCAGAAAUUUGAGUGAGAAAUCAUCUGGGUUUCAGUUUUCCUAUCAUCAUCAUCAUCAUCAUCAUCAUCUCAGGAUUGGCAGGCUUAGGUGUUAAAAUCACCUCUUCAGUAAUUAAAAUGAGUUUGUAAAAUAAAAUUUCCUGUCACACAGUUAAAAUAAUUAAUGUAAGAGGUAAGGGAGAGAAGAAAGUAAAAGUGGAAAUUGAUAUAUUACGAAAAGUACUGUCAGUAGUUACGAUAGACAUUUUCUAAAUUACUACUCCAACGGUAGCUGUAGAUAAUCAGUAGCUGUGUAGUGGGAAAUUCUUGAUCCAACUGAUUCAAUUUCAUAGUUUCAUGAACUGGCUAUCAUAUUUAUUCUUGACUUGAUAAUUUAAUAUUUUCCUCUCUUUUCCCUUACUAAUAACUGAAAUAGGGAAAGCAAAUACAAAAUACAAAAGGAAAGAUUCUAGAUUUGUAAAAACAGUAUUGCAGUUCUUGGUAAUGUUAGCCUUCUUCAAGAGCGUAAACUUGAAAACUAAAGCUCAAAAAGGAGAUUUACGUUUUCUUCCUUUUUUAACUUUGAGGUAAUGGAUUUGUUUAGAAGGUACAUCUGGUGGACUACUGAAUUUGGAAAGGAUAUCAAGCUGUAUCUGUUGUGUAAAUUUUAUUUUUGUUUAUUCCUGUUCUAGAUUAUCAUGGGUUAGUCUGAAAUUUAAAAUUCUGGCCAGUCUGUUUUCCAUCUUUUUUUCUAGCUUUCACAGUAUUUCUACUGUGCAUAUAAAAAUGGCAAUUACAUGAUAAUUGUAUUAUAUUGGUGUUGAUGAUUUAUAUUCAGAUAAUAUUUUGUUACACAGUCCCCUUUUACUAUCUCAAAAGGGGAUCAAAAACAAACAUUCAAAGUAUGCAGUUUUUAGAUGAUAGGUUAAUUAUAUUACUUUAUAUUUUGAAAUGGAAGCAGUGGCAGCGCAACACUUAAGUGGUUAAAUAUAGUUUAUUUGUUUCAAUAACUGUAAAAUUUACCUCAUUUAUUUAUUGGUCUGGUCAUUAAAAUAUGUAUUAUAUAAUUAUCCUUUUUAUGCAUGAUAUAAGAAUGCCUUGUUUUGGGUUUUUUUGAUAGCUUUUUUGUUUGGGGCUGCUUUUGAUUAAUGCAGUUACCCAAUUUAGUGUGUUUACUUUUUAUAACUCCAAGUAAAAUUAAAUCCUUACAUGGUAACUACUCUAUUUAAAUGGUCCUGGAAAAGCUUAAACAGCUUUCUGCUGCUUGCUUAAUGGUAAUACCCUUGAUUUCCUGAUUCUAGGACAUAGCUGAUAUCUAAGGUACUUUGUCAGUUUUACCUUCACCCAAGACUGUCAUGUUGAAAAGUACUUUAGCUGUGGGAGAAAUCCUUGUAUGUUUUUAUUGUGAGAGGAAUGGUCAUCCUCAAAGCCUGUUUCUACUACAUAAUGUGGACUGAUUAUUUUUUCUAUCACAGUAUUAACAAAUGGAUUUAUUGUAAAUACAAAGAAAAUAUAUUAAUUAAUAUACUAUUCUUACGUCACCUGGCCUUUUGUGUGAAAUUAUUUGUAUUCAUUUCUAGCAAGGUUUUUCUUCCUUCCUUAUUGGCCAGAGAUUGAGUGAUAAAGCUUUUGUUAUUUUUACAAAUGAACUUAAAAACAGAAGUCUUUUUGGACAAAGUUCACUAAUAUUACUGUAUAAAAUGUAAUUGAGUACAUUUUUAUCAGACUUUUAAAAAUAAAAGUAAGAGCUUGGACUCAAGAGAAGCCUAUUUACUCCAGUGUGUAUAUAUUAUGUUUAUUCUCAGAGUAUUAUCCCUAUCCUUUUCAUUGAUUCUAUCCCUUCGCGGAUUAUUUUUUUCUGAGUUUCUUAGAAAACUGAGCUGCCACUUGGGUGGGGUAUAUAUUCUUCUCCCAAGAGAAUAGCCAGUCUUUUUUAGAUUCAUCGUAAUUGGCUGCACCCUAAAUGUAGUCAGUGGUCUAUAUUCAUGGAUAUGUAGACUUGGUCUGAUACCAGAUUCAAGCUUCAGCCACAUCUUGAAGACAAUUACAUAAUAAUAACCACCAGAGAGCAAGUUAUGUGUACACUGGGAGAGGCAAAUAGGCUAACUAGGUAGCUGACCCACUGAGACUGCUAAAUAAUUAGUUAAUGGCCUUUCUCUGGAGUUCUAUUUGAAUAUAAUAUUUCCAAGAUACUUAAUAAAUGCAAAUUAAAAUGUAAUAAGAAUAAGAAUAAAUUGUACUGAAAAAUUUAAA